AUGGUGCGGCGCCCGAGGGCACGCCCGGGGCGCAGGCCGCUUUGGGCGCACCUGACCCUCCCAUGCCUGCUGGUGGCCGCUGGCUGGGCGCGCACCCCCGCGCUCGGCGUGGCCAGUGCCUUCCGCAGGCCAGACGUGUGGAGGGGACCGGGCGCCAGCGGUGCUGGGCGGCGCUGCAGACUGGGCCGCUGCGGCAGAGGACCGCCCUCGAUCGAGUUCGGCGCCGGCGGGAGCCAGGCGUACCACAAGCGAGUUGCUUGUCGAAGGAAGUUGGUUGACACGCCAUAUCCUAUUUAUGACAGUCAGGUGAGGGAGCAGGCCCGGAUCGCGCUGUCGCUGCAGUCGCUGGCCAGCAGGUACCGAGCCCGCGGAGCGGUGGAGUUGCAGGAGCCGCGCCGCGGCGCGGCGAUGGCGGCUGCCUCUCAGGUGGCGAGGACCUGCGCUGGCAGGUCCAUGCGGACUCUGCCACUGCUCUUCGGGGUCUUCAACCCGCUGUCGGCGCUGGGGGGCAGGGCGGACGACAUCGCGGACGAGGUGCGCAACUUUGAUGUCUUCGCCUUGGUGGGCACGCAGAGUAUGGCUGGAGCACAUUACCGAGAGACCUGCACAAAGAUGACACAAUGGCUAGACCAAGUGCUGCUGAGUACCCCGCAUCCGUCGCUGCCGCUCAUUUUCACGGACCUCAACGACGGUAUCGGCACUGGCUCAAAAAAGGACGACGGCUACAUUGGCGAAGGGGUCAUCAGCGAGGCGCAUGCGACGAGGGAGUUCAAGGAUGAUGAAGAGAGGAUGCCCGUGUUCAACGACGAUCACGCCACCGAUGCGUUCCUGGAGAGCAAGAGGGACCUUAGGUGCCUCAAGUGGUACUUGUGGACGACCCCAAAGCGGAAGGCGUGCCCGGCUCACUCCCCACCUGCUGAGCUCUACUGGAUGAUCUUACAUCUUGCUCGAGACCCGAUACGACGUGGAGUCGGCUUCAGCUUGGAAGACUCGGACAACAGCUACAUCGAGGUUGCGCUGCAUCUGGUUUUCUACAAUCUUCGCUACCAUCAGCUUACGCCGAAGGACUGGCACAUCAGCGAGUGCUAUGCUGCAGAAAAGAACGAGGUUGAUCUGAGCGUGCACAUUUACGCCGACGACAUUAGCAAGAAGGUCCUGCAGCAUCCCCCAGCAUCGAAGGAGAACGUCGACCUUGACAAGCUCAGGAGUAAGUUGAACGACAGCAAUAGCAUCAUGAACACUUGCUUACAGGAGAUAGGCCUGGCUCAGAAUACUUCCAAGCAGGCGAACAUCAUGGCGCUACACGGAACGGGGAGCGGCAUUGCGAGAAGGGAUUUGCGGCAGAAGCACAACAGGGAAAUCUGGGAGGGCAAGCUAGUCGACCACGCCAGGUACCUCGGCCCCAUCGUCAACAGCACGCAGUCGUUUAGCAUCGAGUUGACGAAAAGAGACGCGGACAUGCCCGGCUGGAUGAAGCAGGCGGGGAUCGCAGACCCCAAGUGGGCGCUACCCAAAGGCAAGCGCGGCGCAGAGGACGAGGCGGGCAGCGUGCAGAAGCUACAGAAGGCCGAGGACGUCGUGGAAGAGGCCAAGGGCAAGGCGGGCAAAGGCGCCAACAGGGCGCAGGUCGCGGCGGCGCUCGUCGCCAUCCUCGGCAAGCUCGCGCUCAGCAUGGCGGGCGACCUCAGGGCGGUCAUCAGCGCGGUCUUCGCGACGGCCCUGGCGCCGACGACGUUCCCGUGCAUCGAGGCGGCGAUCAAGGCGGGCAAGGACUACCACACGGCGGCGAUGAAGCUGCGCGAGGAGAGCAAGGAGGACGACAAAGUCGACACGGCGAAGCUGGGCAGUCCGCAUCUGCACGUAUGGAAGGACUUCAUUCGCGCCCUCCUCGCGAGUACAGAAGAAGGAAAACCUCGCGAGAUUCUGACGUACUACUGGCGCAACCACAUCAUGAGGUACGAGAUCGUGGACGCAGCAGCGGAGGUCAAGUACUUCAGGGUGAGGACCCCGCAGGGCAAGGAGAAGAAGAAGAGCAAGCGCAUGGAGGGCAAGGUGCGAUUGCAGUGGGCGCUGACGAUGACCAACAAGACGGCUGCGGAGCUGGACGAGGUGCUGCGCGUGGAGCUCAUCCGUCAAGGGGCGGAGAUCACGAUCGGAGCGGCGCCACGCGGAGUCUUGGAGAGGGACGCCAGAGCGCUCUUGAACAAGCUCGAAGGAGGCUCCAACCAGCUGAUGUGA